AUGCCGGGGAACGGCUUGGACCAGCAGUCGUCUGCAACACUUGCGAUGGCUUACGGCGUGCUAUCGCGGGAGCAGCGUAAGCAAACAUUCGGGUUGGACUGUCCUGAGCAGCUCGAAUGGCGGCACUGGAACCCGGGGACAGAAUACAUAAAGCAGCUCGUGAUAAAGAAUGUCAGCACAUCCGUCCUGAAGAUGCGGUAUAAACAGCCGAGUAGCAAAGCAUUCUCGAUGGAGUUCCCCGAACCCUUCAAACUCCGCCCGGGAAUGAGCCAGCCGCUGAAGGUGGUCUUCCGGCCCCUCAAGAUGCAGCACUACACGGACAACAUUGAGCUUUUCGUGGGGAACUCGUCCUUCCUGGUGCCCGUGCACGCCUACACGCCGGUGACCCACAUCGAGGUACCCCCCACCCUGGACUUUGGUUUCACACCCACAAAGGAGACCGUCACGGCGCCGUUGGUGGUCAAGAACUCGGGAGAUGUGCGCGUGGAUGUGCUGUGGCGGCUGGAGGCGCCCUUCGCCAUCAGCCCUGCGGCCGCCAGCUUGGCGCCUGGGGAGGCGCUCUCCUUCAGCGUCGCAUUCACGCCACCGGAGGCGUGCUCCUACACCGCGAAUGCGGCGUGUCAGCUGGAAUCAGGCGCGGCUGCGAUAUGCAAGAUCUCCGGCAUCGGCAAGUUCCCGUACCUGUCCGUCGAGCAGGCCGGUGUGGAUUUUGGCCCGGUGGUGGUGGGGCAGCGAGUGGAGCGGGUGGUGCGGUUCGGCAACCACUCCAUGGUGCCGGCUAACUUCACCGUGUCGCACGACCCGGAAGGUCCGGAUGACGGUGUAUUCACGAUAGGGCCUACCAGAGGCACGCUGGGCCCCGAGGAGUACAGCGUGCUGCGCGUGUCAUACACGCCGCGCAGUACGGGCACCUUCAGCUCCGAAAACUUCCACAUCGGCACGCUGGGUGGCAACACCAUCUCGCUCAACUUGCGCGGCACCGCGGUUGCGCCCAUCAUCACCCUCUCCGCUCGUGCCUUCAACUUUGGCAACGUCGCCGUCGGCGCCUCCGCGUCGCGGGUGCUGUACAUCCGAAACCACUCUGCCGUACCGGUGCCGUACGAUUUCCAGGUGGAGCCGUUGGAUGUGUUUGCCAUCAGCCGCGUUCGUGGGGUGUUGGCGCCAGAGGCCACGGCGCACGUGACGAUUACGUUCCGGGCUGCCGUACCUGCCAACUAUUGGCGCCGUCUGGUGCUCAUGCUUAAGGACGCCGACCCGCAGGGCAUCGACUUGGUGGCCACAGCCUACUCAGACAAGUCCCGUCCGCCGCCACUCGCCCACCGCCACAUCGACCGCUACCUCGCCCGCGUCUCCGCUGGCGGGGAGCCCGUGGAGGAAAUCCACCUCCUCACCGCCCCGCCGUCUCUGGACGUCGGAGGUGGCGGAGGGGGAGGGGGAGGUGCAGGUCCUGCGCUAACCUUGCCGCCGCCGGUUAGCGCGGCAGACCUCACCGUCGCCCUCAACAACGCCCUUGGCGGCGGCGCUGACGGCGCCGCCGCUGAGGAGGGCGGCAGCGCGGCGCGGCUGGUGGGACCGGAUGGCUGGCCUCUAAUGUUUUUCGGGCAGGACCCCGCGGGCGCGGUCGUGGUGGACACCGAUGCUCUGGAGUUUGGAUCCUGCUCCCGACUGAGUGCGGCGGAGUAUCGGUCCGUGACGGUGACCAACCGGACGCCCGCGAAGCUGACGGCGUUUGUGGUGGUUUUCCCCGAGUCUGCGGACAUUCGCUCCCACGGCCAGGUGACCUUCAAGGUGGCCUUCCGACCCCCCCGUGACGGGGCUUUCUUCGCACAGCAGCUGCUGCUGGUGGCGCACGUGAAGAGCCAGAGGAACUUCCGGUUGGUCACCGAGCACCAGAUGCUCCCCUCCUGGUGUGUUGAGCUCAGGGCCACCGGCAACACCUUCCUGCACUGCAACCCCGAGUUCAGCCCCAAGGUGGAGUUGUCCACACGGCAAGUCUCCUUCCCGCCGUGCCGCCCCGGGGAGUCCGUACACCAGACACUGCUCAUCGCCAACUCGGGCGACACCCCCGUGGCCUUCAACUUCGGGUCGGCCGCAGUGCUGAAGCCGCUGUUCGCUGUACGGCCGCAGGCGGGAGUGGUGCCACCAAAGGGACAUGUGCUGGUGGGUCUCCGCUUUAGCCCCACUGACACUCGUCCCGCCGUCGCCACUGCGCUGGUUACCUUCAACGGUGUCGCCUCCAACGCCGUGUCGCUGGCGCUGCGGGGAUGCGCGCACACGCCGCGCCUCACCACCGACCUCCCUUCCUCCACCCUAUACUUCAGGCCCACAUGCGUGGGCGCCUCCAGCCAGCGGGCCAUUGCCCUUCACAACCCCAGCCGGGUGCCCCUGGACUUCCGCUGGAAGCUGCCCGCCAAGCUGGCCGGCAUGGUCAGCGUCACACCCUCCUCCGGCACACUCCGCGGAAACGAGAGCGUGCAGCUGCUCUGGUCCUUCGCUCCCGCAGCACAAAAGGUGUUCGAGGGGCGCGCCACGUGUGUAGUGCUGGCACCGGACGGCGGAGAUGGCGCUGGCGGCGGCGCCGGCUUCGCCGGCGCCGGCGGCUUCGCCGCCGCAGCUGCCGCCGAAGGCGGCGGCGCCGCUGAUAGCGGCGAAGCUGCGGAGACCGACGGCGUGUCGCUUACCCUCGUUGGUGAGGGUACUCAGGGCGCAGUGGCGUUGGACCCGCCUGCGUUGGAGCUGGGGGAUCUGCGUGUGGGUCACCCGGUACGGCGGCCGCUGGUACUGCAGAACGUCAGCGACGGUGUACUGCGGUACAGCUUGGAGGUGGUGCCAGCGGAUGACGACGAAGCGCCGGCACUCGACGCCAACGCCUGCGACUUCACGGCGGGUCUUGAUGCGGCCAUCACCACCGCUGCCGCCGCCGUCGCGGCUGGUCUGGAGUGCUGGGUGGAUGAGCCCGAGGGCGCCCUGCCCGCGCGAGCCUCCAAGACCGUAACCGUGACUCUCUUCCCCCGCUUCCGCAAGCGCUACAGCCUGCAAGUCCGUUGCCGCAGUAGCACCGUGUCGCCGCUACUGGCCGGACCCAACAACAGCCGGCCGCCGUCAGGCGGCCGCGCCAGCCUCGGCGCCGUCGGCGACGCCGCCGCCGCUGAUGCUGCCGCCGCCGCGGCAGCGGCGGCACCCCCCGUCAUCGCACCCCUCACCGCGGCCGUCACCUUCCCUACACUCGAAGUCACGGACGUGUACUGUGAGAGCCAACCUAAGCAGCUCCUCUGGCAGAUGCUCGGCCUCAACGACCUCAACCACCAUCUCCGUACCGAGGUAACCGCCACGGAGGUCCAGCUACGCGCCGCCCACGACCGCGGGACGCUCACCACCGAAGCCGCCUGCGCCGCCAUGCGGCCCUUCCCCAUGGACUUUGGCACACACGGUCUCGGAGCCGCGUCGCGGGUAGUUCACCUGGAGUUCUCAAACCCCACCCCGCUACCCGUCCACUGGCAACUCCACUCCUUCGACGACCCAGACGGCGUCGAACUUGAAAACUGGGUCGAGCAAGGCCGGCCGCGGACCGAGGACGAGCGUGUACGAGAUCUGAUUUCGGAGCACAAACUGUUCGAGAUGCGGCCGCGAAGCGGCUCCCUGGAGCCCGGGGCCAAGGGGACCAUGACUGUGGAGUUCCGGCCCCGUGUGGAGGGCGUGUUUGCUCUGCCCGUGUUCUUGCACGUGACGGACGGGAAGCGGCUGCGGUUGCAGCUUGAGGCCCGUACGACAUCAGAGCCGCGGCAGUUGCUGGCGCUGCCGCCGCCGCUGCGCGUCUUCCGCCUGGCGCCGGUGGCGUUGGGGGACCCGGCGCCGCCGCUGCAGAUGUACACUCUUCGCUGCGGCGGCCCGGGGGCGUUACGCUGGCGGUUGGACACCGGGCCGCUGGAUGCGCUGGCGGCGGAGAGCUGGGGUCACCGGGUGGUGGACUUGGUGGGGCCUUCAGACGGGGAGAUUCCGCUGGGCGGUGUGGCGGCGAUUAAUUGGCGGUUCUCGCCGCUGGAGGCCAAGGAGUACUCGGUGCGGGUCCCGGUGCUGCUGGGAGACGGCACCAUAGAGCUGAUCGAGCUGGUCGGCCGCGGUUUUGCGCCGCCGCCGAAACCGCACCACGGUGCCGUACGUGCCGUGCCCAUCGCCGACGGCGCCGCCACCACGGACACCGGCUUGGAGGCGGACAAAGCCGCGAUGGCGGCGGCCGCUGCUGCCGCUGCUGACCGCGACUGGGCGACUUGGCGGGGCCUCAGCGCUGCUCCCAGUGCGGGCAUGGCGGGACGGCUGGCCUUCGUGGAUCAUGACAUGGUGUCUCUGGGGGUGACGCCGCUGCGGGGACUCACUCGCCGAGUGAUAGUGCUAACCAACAAGUCCCGUUAUCCUCUGGCCUUCGACUGGGACCUCGCCGCGCUGGCGCCGCCGCCGGGCGUCUCAGGCCCUCCGCUGCCCUCCGCCGACCUCCUCACCGGGCGGCCGCUGCAGGCGGCGCUCGCCAUCACGCCCGCCUCCGGAUCCCUGGAGCCCGGCGAGCGGCUCGUGUGUCGAGUGGCGCUCCAUGCGGGCGUUACGCCGCAAUUGUUUGAAGGGGAGGUGCGAUGUAACGUCCGUGUGGAUGAGGAGGCGAUGGAGGAGGCGGCGACGGCGGCUGGCGCCGUCGCUGCCGCAGUGGCGGAGGCGGACGCGACAAUGGUGGAGCGUGUGGAGGAAGUGAUUGCGGUGGAUCCGGUGCCGACGGGACCGCCGCAGCCGCCGCCGGCGGUGGCGGCGGCGCAGCGAGCCAGUCGGCUUCGGAGCCGCCUGCCGGUGCAUGCGUACAUGACGACGGCGAUUCGGAACCGCAUCGAACCGCUGGCGCAGCAGUACGCAGCAACCCUGGAGAUGCGGACACGGCGUAUGGCAGAGACGGCCCGCGGUGUGAUGACGGUUCCGCAGCCGCAGACCAUCUGCGUCACGCUGACAGGACGCAUUCUGAACGAUGAACAAUUGGCAGCCCUGCGCUACGUGCCGCCACACGAGCGCCACCUGGCGCGUGCUGCCGUGGCGGAGGGUGCUUGCUGGGUGCCGCCGAUGCUGACGCCGUUCUGGGCCGCGGCGGAGGCGGUAACACCAUCGCCGGUGCUGCCGGCCCCGGCACUGCCGCCGCCUGCCGCAGCGGAGUCUUCAUCUUCUCUGCCUGGCUUACACCACCAACACCGUCCGUCCAGUGCUGCGUUCUCGUUGGGGGGGCCGUCGGCGGCAGAUUUCGCGGCAGCGUUGGCGGCGCACAGCGGCGCCUGGCCAGGGCUGAAUUCAGAUCCGGAUCAGCCUUCAUCCACUUCAGGGCUCAUGAACGGUCACCACGUGCCUGACCUGGGUUUCAACCUGGCGCGCAUCCGGGGCUCAGAGGGCGGUCCGGGAACGCCGGUGCUUGGAUCCGCCAGGUCGGCAGGCCGUGGUGAGGCUAGCACUCUAGGGCCGUCGCCGGCAGCAGCAGCGGAUGCGGCAGCCGCUACCGCAGCGGCAGCAAGGGCAGCUGCUGUAGUAGACGAUGCCAUGGGCGAAAGCAGUAAUGAUGUAGUCGAUGUGACGUUUGCGAACCCGUCGGCUGCGGCGGCGCCGUCGUCGACAUCGAAGGGGCCCCUGACGGAGAGUGGCGGGUCCGCGGCGGUCGCCAACGUCGGCAUGCACUCUUCAGCGCCGCCGCCGGUGGAGCUGGUCCCGCCGCCGCUGCCGCCGCCGCCGCCGUCAGGCGGGGGCGUUGAAUAUGACGCGCUGGUGUCAGCACGCAACAUCCUGUCGGGCCUAUUUUCGGAGCUUCUCGACGACCCCGACUUACACCGUGCCUUUGAGUUCCUGCCAGAGGAGGAGAUGCCUGUCUUUGCAGAGAUUCGGUCGCAGACCGCGCCGUGCUACGAUCCGCAAGUCCGUGCCGAGACGGCCACUGCUGCGGCGGCGGCGGUGUCGGCCCCCGCUCAGGACGGUGACGCCGCGGACUGGCAGAACCCUGCCAACCAGAAACCUUCCAGCCCCGAAACCACACAGGAUGAGGCGGCUCAGCAGCAAUUGCAGCAGCCGCAGGAACAGCAGCAACCGGCGGCGCCUCCCUCCCUGGAGGAAGAGCUCCAGGCAGAUCCGGCGCUGCGGCGCGUGCUCGUGAGUUCGGAGUGGCAGACGCUGGCGGACUUUGUACUGGAAAGCGCCAUCCUGGGCCUCAUGCAGGAAAGCGCUGCGGGAGACUGGGUGAUGGCCGAGGAGCAGACCCAGCAGACUCAGGACGGUUGCAGCAGCCGCAUGAGCGGCGGUCAUGUGGACGGCGGUAUGGAGAUUUUGGUUCCGCUGCGGUGCCGUGUGAUGGUGCGGCUUGUGGUGCGGGCCACGGUGAUGGGCUACGGCACAGCCUUUUGCCCAAUUUCUUACCAUCUACGCAUGCGAAAUGCUGAGCGCUGUCUAUUUUUGUCCCCAAGCUUUGCGAACGUAAUUGCAGGGAAAGGCGUCAUGUACCUGCUAGGAUACGGGGACCUUGCCCAAUUGCACAACCUGUUCAUAACCGGCAACUCCUUCCACUCCGCUGCUUUACUGCGUAGCUCUCAUUUCCUCGAUAUCACCGAGGGCAUGGAAAUCUCCUGCCUGCCUGCCUGCCUGCCUGCCAGCAACAACUGA